AGUGGGAUUUUAGACAACUCAUGUUGAUUUUGGGUCGCAUUGUCGCCGUGGAGUAGCGUGAGUGGCAAGGUAGAUCUUGGUAGGUGUGGGUUAGACACACGUACAUGGAUUCGAUCUGUGCUUGGGAUCAUAUUCAUGACUGAACUGGGAUAUCUAUUGGGACGUACCGCUAUCUUCGGGGUUUACCAUGCAGGAGUGGGUCCUAGGGUGUUCCGACUCUUGGUCCAUGGCAGGGUCUGGAAGUUCGAUGCUCUAUUCUUUUCUCCUUUUCAUUGUUAUUCUCUCCCUUCAAGAGAUGUAUCGAGGGAAGUUGGCGUCGACAGAGUUAUUUACCAUAUUUGGAGGGUUUAUUAGUUCUCUGCUAUUUCUGGUGUCACUAACAUUCAUUGGCAAUUUCCAGGAGACAUCUGGCAUGAAGACGGGAUGGGGUGCUGUUAUAAUAGCUGAAGGAAUCGCUUUAAUUGCUGCUAGCACUGUCCAUCGUGUUUGUAUCACAACAUGUUUUUUAUUCUCUGCUGGACUACUUUACGAGGUCAACAAGCUCUCAGGAACAAUGCUUUCUAAAAGUGAAUCUAAAGCAAGAAGGCUCUAAGAAAGAUGUUAUAUGCCCACUUUAAGUAGAACAGUUAAUCCUUCUUCUUUGCAUUCAUCAAUGCUUUAAUUUUGAUUUUGCAAUGGAUCAUGUCUCUGUCACUUUCUGAACCUCGAAAAUGGCCAACAGAGAGUCCAAAGAAACCUCUCGGAUUACAAAGAAAAAUAUAGCAACUGAGAGCUUA